UCCGCUAAGGGGCAAAACUUCUAGUCCUUAGAAUCAAGUGUAAACAAUGUUCAGCUCUCAAGAAUAUCUGGACAAGAAGACGGGUCCGUAUGGCAUCGGCAGAUUCAGUUACUUGCAGUCGCUGGUUACAGAAUACCAGGACAUCGAUGAUCAAGAAGCUAAAUGUCAAGUACUGGCCAACCUUGCUAACUUUGCAUACGACCCAAUUAAUUAUGACUACUUCAGGAAGCUGAACGUACUGGACCUGUUUCUGGAUGCACUGGAUGAAUCGGAUGAGAAGCUGGUAGAGUUUGGGGUCGGUGGUUUGUGUAACUGUGUGCUAGACAAGCUGAACAAGGAAUAUAUUCUUCAGAAUGGUGGGGUGGCGCUUGUCAUCAACUGUUUGUCUAGCCCAGUAGAGGAGACCGUGCUGUCAGCUAUCACAACACUGAUGUAUCUUGUCACCAAUGAAUCGAAGCAAGAGAUCACAGCCCUGCCUGUGGUGGAGUGUAUGCUGAGAUUCUCCAGAUCCUUUAACAAGCAGCUCUCCAAUCUGGCGCUGGUCUUCCUACAGGACUAUUGUACCAGGGCCCAAGUAGAGGAAGCCCAAGCAGUCCAGCAACAGCAGCAACAGCAACUGCCUCACCCUCUCAGUGAGCAGGUCUCCUGAGUCUUGUCAUGUAUUAUCUUUAUCCUCCAUGUGUUGGAGCCAAGGAGUGGAGCUGCAGGAAGACCAGCCACACCCCUCCCUGUGUGUAAGGGGUUGGGACUUCUGGGGUGCUUGGUUUGUGGUGACACAUGGUGCUCAGAACAUGUGAUGACUUGUGCAUAUGCCACAGCUAGGCCAUGUGGUGACUUGAGCAAGUGAUGACUGGGCCACAUGGUGACUUGAACAAAUGAUGACUGGCCAACUCAGUGAUGAACAGGUGAUGACUUGUGCAUAUGCCACAGCUAGGCCACGUGGUGACUUGAGAAAGUGAUGACUGGGUCACAUGGUGACUUGAACAAGUGAUGACUGGGCCACAUGGUGACUUGAACAAAUGAUGACUAGGCCACAUGGUGACUUGAACAAGUGAUGACUGGGCCACAUGGUGACUUGAACAAAUGAUGACUGGCCAACACAGUGAUGAACAAGUGAUGGCAAAGUCACAUGGUGACUUGAACAAGUGAUGACUGGGCCACAUGGUGACUUGAACAAAUGAUGACUAGGCCACAUGGUGACUUGAACAAGUGAUGACUGGGCCACAUGGUGACUUGAACAAAUGAUGACUGGCCAACACAGUGAUGAACAAGUGAUGGCAAAGUCACAUGGUGACUUGAGCAAGUGAUGACUAGGCCACAUGGUGACUUGAACAAGUGAUGACUGGUCACAUGAUGACUUGAGCACACACUGAUAUUUAUCAACAAUGAUCAAGUGAUGACUGGGCCACAUGGUGAGUUGAGCAUGUGAUAAUUUGAGCAUGUUGGAUGAAUGGAAUACUGGAUGACAUUAGCACACAUAAAAGGACCUGAGUUUGGCAUUAAACAACAAACAAACAUAAGAGGACAAAAUGAAUGUCUCGCCAUGUCAAGAAUACUGAAUAAAAAAAAAGAAAACAAAUAAAACAGCAUAAAUA